AGGCGGCGGCGGCGGAGGGGGGAAGAUGGCGGCGCCCGUCCUGCUGAGAGUGUCGGUGCCGCGUUGGGAGCGGGUGGCCCGGUAUGCAGUGUGCGCCGCCGGGAUCCUGCUCUCCAUCUACGCCUACCACGUGGAGCGGGAGAAGGAGCGGGACCCUGAGCACCGGGCCCUCUGCGACCUGGGGCCCUGGGUGAAGUGCUCUGCCGCCCUUGCCUCCAGAUGGGGUCGAGGAUUUGGUCUUUUGGGUUCCAUUUUUGGAAAGGAUGGUGUAUUAAACCAGCCAAACAGUGUCUUUGGACUUAUAUUUUAUAUACUACAGUUAUUACUUGGCCUGACAGCAAGUGCAGUUGCAGCUUUAAUCCUCAUGACAUCCUCCAUCAUGUCUGUAAUGGGGUCUUUGUACCUGGCCUACAUCCUGUACUUUGUGCUGAAGGAGUUUUGCAUAAUCUGCGUCAUCACAUACGUGCUGAACUUCAUUCUUCUUAUCAUCAACUACAAACGACUAGUUUACUUGAAUGAGGCCUGGAAACGGCAACUGCAGCCCAAGCAGGACUAACCACCUGACGAACUCUUAACUGACAGUCUGAAGUCCCUUUUUCCAUUAAGUUUAUUUUGCAGCAGUUUGGUUGUUGUUUUUUUUUUUUUUUUAAAUUCUUCACAACAGACACUUUCCCUAAGAAUCUUAAACUGAUUUUUUAAAAUCCUGUAAAUUAGAAGGAGCUCUAGCUAUUUUCUGUGUCAAUCUUCAUUUUAAAUAUGGAUACAAAAAAAAAAAAAAGAGGAUACGCCGAGCCAAUCAAAGACAAGCUUUAACUUUACUUUGGAGAUGUUUCUGAAAUAAUAAAUAUAGCCCUAGCCUCCUUCCCUCAAUUGUAAAGUGAGCAACCAUUGCUAGUAAUUCUCUAAUGUGUAUAAAUUAUAUUUCAGCUAUAACAAAUGUGAUCAUGACAUGAAAAUAUUUUAGAAUAGAUACUGUAUUAAAUAUUGCCAUGUUUACAAUAUGUAAUGUUUUUAGCUGAUGGAUUUAAACAUGUAGAUUCAACUAGAAUCCAUUCAUGUGAUAUUUGUAAAUAAAGGUAGAAAUAUUGGAUCCAUCCCUGCAGAACUUACUGUACAGUUUAGUUGAAGUGUAGCAAUGAAGAAAUGUCAGCUCAACGUUGACUGAAGAAAUAGUGAAAAUAGUAAGUCCAUACAGAGCAUCUUGUGAAAAGCACUGAGAGCUGUGGGUCUAGCAUUGACAGCAAAAAUAAUAGGGUGAUUGGUUCCCUUUCAUCUCCUAUCUCUGAAAGGAGGAAACUAAAUUUGGACAUUCAAGUCAAGCUUGUACCUAGUCAUAAAACUGGAUCAAUUAUAACCUUACAGAAUGAGUCAUGUGACCAGACUUUCAAAGUCCAAGGCCUUCAGGAUACUAAAGAUGGGAAAAUGGGUAGAUUUCUUUGGAGAAAAGCUGGAAAUAUUAAUAUGGCAUUUUUAGGUAAAAUCUCUUACAACAGUUGAAUUUUCAUGCAGAUAAUUUUCCUUAACAUUGGUGCCAGUCAACCAAACAGUAUUGACUUUGAAAUCAUCAGUAUAAGCGCAGUCACUCCAGAGUAGGAUUGCCCUUGAGUAGCUCUGUAGUGUUUUCCCUGUUUCUUUCUACACUAAUUAACCAGAUGUCUAGUUUAAUUUUUUAGAGUCAGAUACUGGAUUUGUAAACUUUAGGGCUGACAUGCUGCUCAGUUUGCUUAACUGGGAGAGGAGUACUAAAGGUAGAAAUAUCUCAAGGUGAAAUACAGUACUCUUUCUAAUAACUACCCAAAUGCAGAGUUUUUGAAAGUGAUCUGAAUAAACCCAAAUGAAAUAGUGA